CGUGGAGUAUGAUAUAUGCCGUCGAGCGGAGAACUCGUAUAUUAAUAAACAAUUUAUUUGUAUGAAAUAAACAUCAUACAAUACAUUAUUAGUAUUCGUAGAGAGAUUCGUGUAUUAAACCACUGAUAAAUAUGCCAUUUAAAAGAACCUGGGAUGCUGAAUGCCCCCGAGUGUGGGAGCAAUGGAAGGUGAACGACCAACAGUGGGUCCUACAGGACUUGGACCCGCGUGACGAUGAAGAGGCCUUGGAUAUCCUGCUAGGUAUCCUUGGCGCUGAUGAAAUGCUCUGCUUGGUUAGCCGUGUCCAGGAAGACGAGGAAAGCCUGAUCAAUAUGAGGAAGUUCUGGAAGGAAUGCCUAGCUCAGAGGAUGAGUCUUGCCCUGUAUACCUGGGAGGGGGACAAGAAGAUACUGGCUGCUGUGAACGUGUGUGUGGUAGCAUCUGUAGGCGAAACUGUGCCAGAUAUCGAGUGGGAUCAACAAUUAUUCCCAAUAAAUCCAGAAAAGAUAAACGGUGCGAAAUGGAAAAACGUUUUCGCAGCUUUGGACUACGUUGAGAGAAAGAGGGAUCCGCAUAAGUACUUAGGAUUGGACACAUUGUUACAUGCGUUUGGACUCGUCGUGAAGAGAGAAUACCGAGGCUCGAAGCUUGGCGCCAAGUUACUGGCUGCAAGAGAGCCGCUAUGCAAAUUCUACGGUGUCAAAGGAACCACAACAGUAUUCACAGGGCCAGCAUCACAGAAGCUGGCAGCGAAAUGCGGCUUCGAAACAAUAGCUGAGGCGACGCUGAAGGAAAUGUUCGAGCACGGUCUCGACUUUCCACCAGAUACAAAUAGGUGUAUUAAGCUUAUGGUGAAAAAAUUUGACUAAAUUAAUUUAAAUUAAUAGGACUACUGAGCCAACAGUGUAAAACAUUGUCAUCUCGCUCGUAUAUACACGAUCUAUGUAAUGCUAUUUCACUCUUAAACGCAUUAAAUGCUUGGCGUGGGUUUUAUACGUUUUAUCAACUUAAGAUUUUAGGAAUUGUUGAUCUUUUUGAUUAAAUUAUGAUUUUCUAUGAUAGAAAAACGCCCGACGUCUACAUUUUUUUUAUUUUACUGUGAUAUUUAUUAUAUAGACUCUGUUAAACAGUUAAAAAAAAGUAUAUUGGAAUAUAAUUCCAUUUUUAAAUACAAAUAUGACCCCCAGUAAACGAAAUCUAUCAAUAGAUUUAAAGAAUGAACGACAUCAUGAUUCUCAAAAAGAUUUUUAUAGCUAUAAUUAGCUAAUAAAUAAAUAUUAACCAGUGUAUAUUUUAAAGGAAAAAACCUAGUUAUAGAUAGUAAUCAAAUUUAUAUAACAGCAUAAAUGAUUUAGUAAGUUUAAAAGCCAGCAAACAUUCCACAACCGCUUUUAUGUAGCUAAUUUACAUUAAGACAAAAUCCAAAGACUUAUUUUAAAACAAUAUCAAACCAUGCUUAUCGCACGUUGUUUUGCAAAAUAUAUUAAUUGUAUAAGCAAUAAAAUAUAAGUGAUCUUAAUAAUAUAGGUACUUAUAAGAACAAUUAUCAAUUGCGAUAUGUAAUCGGGUUGAAUCCAAUAAGAAGUAAGAUACAUAUAUUAUUUGACAACUCGAAUUAUUACUGUCGUAAUUCAUAAUCGAUAUAUUCGUAAACAAUUCACAACAAUCGUUUAUUUUAUACUAACAACUGAUUAUGAUUAAUUUAUCUCAAGUGCACAACAAAAACAAUACUUAUAAGUGCUUUCAGUAACGCCACAAACACUUCAUGAUUCUUCUAUAUAGAAAAGACCUCCUGAUUCCGCUGUAGUUUUAAAAAAUGACACCUAAACUUCAAUGACGUACAUUUUUUUUUAGUUUAUAGAUAAUAUGCGUCCCGGAUCAAAUCUUUUUAAAUUAGGAUUACUUAUGUCUUUAUAGAUAAUGCUAGAUUUCAUCCCCUUCAGAAAUUUUA